AAAAGUCCACACAGUGGAAGCUCUUUUCUUUGUUUGUAUGCAUCGCCAUUCUCAUCACACUCUUCGGAGCUUCCAAAGCAAAUCAAUGAUCACAUUCCUCUCUUCCUCUGGUUCAUAGAUAUAUAUAUAUAUAUAUGUAUAUAUAUCAAUUCUCUCUCUAGCCCUCUUCUUCAUUUCUCUCUCUCUCUCUCUUCAAUAGCCGGAGUUUCUAUGGCUUCUUAUUCCGCCGCCGGAUCGGCCUUCGUCGCCUUCAAAUCCACCGGAAUUUUUGCUCAUUCUGGCAAUUUGAAACUCGCUAAUUUCCAACAUUGCUGUCCGAUUUCAAGCCGAGUCGGAUCUAUUCAGCUCCGACAUAGCCUUAACACGCAUUGCGGAUCGCGAAGCUCCUUUGCUUCGUCUGGUGUAAAAGCACAGGUUGCCACUGUUGAACAAGCAAGUAUUGAAGCUACUCAAAGUGUGGCAGCUCCUGUUGUUGUGGUUACUGGAGCCUCUAGAGGUAUUGGCAGAGCAAUUGCACUGGCUAUGGGGAAAGCAGGUUGUAAGGUCCUGGUUAAUUAUGCUAGGUCAUCCAAUGAGGCAGAAGAAGUUUGUAAAGAGGUUAGUCAGUUAUCCAUAUAAAAUAUAUGAAAAUAUUUAGUGGAACUCUUUUUGAGGGGUGAUAUGAGCAAUAAUUUUUUUUAUAAAUGUUUCUCAAUUU